AUGAAACGACAUGAGUUUGUCUGGGAGCCAUACACACCAACUGUGAUGGCAGCGCUGCCUCAAAUUUGUGUGGUUGGAAGUGUAGUCUGGUUCGCGGUGGUGCCACUGAUUUGUUUUCAUGUUGUUGAGUGGCACCAACCCGAUAGGGUUUUACGACAAUAUGGAUUGCAACAACCUAUUCCCGGGUGUCCUUCGCAACCGCAGAAUCUCCAUGGCAUAACGCUCAAAGGCAAACAAGAUGAGAAUUGGUUCCACCUGUUGGCCCCAAUCAUUAGUCAGUGGAACAAUGCAGCGCAGUUUAGGGUCGACGUUUAUCCUCGACAGCAGGGCCUACUAGGUUUUAACUCGGACUAUAUGGUGUGGUAUAGGCGUAAAACAAAGAUGUUUGUCGACCCAAACAAUGCAAACACAGCUGCAUUGGGUGAAGUUGUGGAGACUUUACAGUAUAUGGUGUCACCACAAGGGAGGAACACAUGGACAGUUGAUGAUCUCGUGCCUUACGUGGAUAAGUUGGCGAUUAUAUCAGAAGAGCAAGAGAGAGUCACUGAGCCAGUGUCACAUGGUCCAGCAUCAGAGCGUGAAUUCCCAGCACCAGAGUUUCACAUUCUUCAGUCAAGUGUUGAAACUCGGGGGUUAGGCAGACGAAGGGAGCCUUUGCAAGAAAAGGAAAAUGAAGCAGUUUGCAAGAAAAAUCAAAUGAAGCAGUUGCAAGAAUAA